AUGGCGUCCACCACAUCAAACAUCUCCCCCCAUAUCAAUUUUAUUGCCGACCUGCCAAAAUACAAAGUCGAAAAGCCUUUUACUUCUCACCAAUCUUUGACUGCAAACCCGGACUUAAAAGAACAGAAGGCUACAGAUAAUGUGAAAUUGCUUUCUCAAUCCGUGAAUGUAUCUGGCAUGCGAGGUAACGAAAACAUUACUCUGGACCGAAGUGGGUUUUGUUAUAUCGAGCACAAGUCGAAGUACCUGCCGAGCAGUGUUAUAUCCCUGGAUUCCACAUCACUUUACCGCAAGGAGACUGAGGAGCUUCUCGCUUCAUAUUUCAAUGCAGAGCUCACGUUUUGUUAUGAUGUAAAGCUACGGAAGAAUUCGCCGGGAGACUAUGAAACGUACGACCCCGGACACCCAUUGUUUGUGGAACAAGCCGCGGCUUUUGCACAUGAUGUCUCCCCGGAUACUGCUCCGGGGGAACUAAAGCGUCUCAUGAAUGAGGAUCAACUGAAAACCUACUCUCAGCCUGGAUACCGCUUCCGGCUCAUAAAUACUUGGAAAUGCCUACUACCCAAGUGCGAGGACCGACCAAUGGCGUUCUGCGACUAUGGCUCGGUAAAUAUGCAUGACCUCUUGGCUGCAGACCGAGUACGCUCUGCUACUCGGAGAAAAGAGAUAUUUUGCCCGCAUACGUCUGUGGAUAAUCCCUCGGCGCCUACUGAUGCACCCUCAAGGGAAAGUGUGGAGACAAGAACGUUGGUCAUUACGAAGAUGUAG